UGAAUCUCCAGUCGUGGCGGCAGUCAUGGCGGCUACGUCGGGUUCAGUUCGCCUACAGCGCUGCAUGGUGUCGCCGGCGGGGAGGCACAGCGCCUCUCUGAUCUUCCUGCAUGGCUCAGGUGAUUCUGGACAAGGAUUGAGAACGUGGAUCGAGCAAGUUUUAAAUCAAGAUUUCACAUUCCAACAUGUAAAAGUUAUUUAUCCAACAGCUCCUCCCAGGCCAUAUACUCCUUUGAAAGGAGGAUUCUCCAAUGUAUGGUUUGACAGAUUUCAAAUAUCUAAUGACUGCCCAGAACACCUUGAAUCAAUUGAUGUAAUGUGUCAGGUGCUUACAGAUUUGAUUGAUGGUGAAGUAAAAAGUGGUAUCAAGAAGAACAGAAUAUUACUAGGAGGAUUUUCUAUGGGAGGGUGCAUGGCAAUGCAUUUAGCAUACAGAAAUCAUCAAGAUGUGGCAGGAGUAUUUGCUCUUUCUAGUUUUCUGAAUAAGACAUCUGCUGUUUACCAGGCUCUUCAGAAAAGUGAUGGUGUCCUCCCUGAAUUAUUUCAGUGUCAUGGUACCGCAGAUGAGUUAGUUCUUCAUUCUUGGGGUGAAGAGACAAACUCAGUGUUAAAAUCUCUAGGAGUGAGGACAAAGUUUCAUAGUUUCCCAGGUGUUUACCAUGAGUUAAGCAAAGCUGAGCUAGAAAAACUGAAGUCAUGGAUUCUUACAAAGCUACCAGACUGAAUGAGUCAAGAUUGAUUUGUUAAUAUAUAAGUAAUGUCUUUAUAAAAAGUGAUUUUUACUGCCAAAAUCUAAUUUGAUAAACAAUAAUCAAAGUAUUAAAAAUAUCAGCAGUUUACUGACUUAUUAGUUAUUGAAAUGCUUAGCACCAUAGAGAGUAGUAUAAUCUUAUUAAUGGUUAACGUUAAUUUAGGCAAACGUCUGUGUAUUAUUUGGCAGAUACAUUUUUAUAAAUAUUUGAAGGCCUUGUAAGUAAGUAAAUAUUGAAAUAUUAGAAAGUAAUUAAACUAGCUUAAAUAAAGGCAGUGAGAAACCAGGAAAAGUUUUAACAUGAUAUUAUUUUAUCUUUGUUAUCACUUUCUUUAAAUUGCCUUUCCAGAGAUAUUCAUGCUCGUGUAGUUUUUGACAGAAUAACAUUAGUACCCCACAUUUAUAGAGUAGUUUCCCGUUACCUCACCUGACCAUCACAAGAGCUUGAUGAAGUAGACUGAGUAGUUGUUACUGGUAUUUUAUAAUAGGGUUAGAAGGAUUGAAAACUUUCCCAAAGCCUCAAGAGUAAAAACUAGAAUCCAGACCUUCUGGUCCCAGUGGAGCUCCCUUUCUCUGAGACCAAAUUGCUGCUCUGCUCCAGUCCUAGGGUUUCGGUUGCUCUUCAGAUCCUUGUCAGCACUCAGUAUGGCCAGCCUUUUCAGUUUUAUCCAUUCUAGUGGGUAUACAGUGGUAACACUUUGUGGUUUUAAUCUGCAUUUUCCUAACCUAAUGAUGUUAAGCAAUUUCUAUAUGCUUAUUUGUGAUCUGUAUAAAUUCUGAUGAUAUCUCUAUUCAGAUCUUUUGCCCAUUUUUUAUUAGGGCAUUGUAAGAGCUUGCAUUGUAAGAGCUGUUUAUAUAUGCUGGAUAGAAAUCCUUUGUUAGCCAGAUGUUUUACCUUUUUUUUUUU